AUGGUUGCAAAGCAAAAAAUCAUAAAGGACUCCACUGUGAUCAGAUAUGCUUCCGAAACACCUUUUUCGGGAGUAAAGAAAGAGAAGAAAAAAGAAUUCAAUAAAAAUGUUCACAGUAAAAAACAUUACAAAAGAUUAAAGGAUGAAGAGAUUAUUGCCAAAGAGCAAAGAUUACUUCUAACAGAAGAAGCUGGUUAUCUUGAAGCAGAAGGUCUAGAAAAAACAUACAAUUUCACUCAAAAGGAGAUCAAAGAAAACGUCGAUGUUGGAACUGCAAAUAAAGCCUUCGCCUUGAAACUAAAUGAAUUUGGGCCAUAUACUUUGGAUUAUACAACCAAUGGUAGAAAAUUGUUGAUUGGUGGAAAGAAAGGACAUGUAGCCUCUAUGGACUGGCGACAGGGGACUCUAGAUUGUGAGUUACAUCUAAAUGAGACCGUAAAUGCAGUGAAAUACUUUCAUAAUGAACAAUAUUUUGCAGUAGCUCAAAAGAAGUAUACUUUUGUGUAUAAUAAAGAAGGUGUUGAAUUGCACAGAUUAAGCCAGCAUAUAGAAGCAACCAGUUUAGAUUUCUUGCCUUACCACUUUCUUUUGGUAUCUGCUGGUAAUACCGGAUUUCUCAAAUACCACGACGUUUCCACUGGUGAAAUGGUUUCAGAAUUUAGAACAAAAUUAGGACCAACAGUUUCGAUGAGACAAAACCCCUGGAAUGCUGUAAUAAAUCUUGGGCAUGCUAAUGGUCAGGUCACUUUAUGGAUUCCCAAUUCUUCAACUCCAGUUGCAAAACUUCAAGUCUGUCGAGGUCCUGUAAGAUCUCUUGCUGUAUCUAGAGAUGGUAGAUAUAUGGCAUGCUCUGGUGCCGAUAAAAGUUUGAAAAUAUGGGAUAUAAGGAAGCUAUCCAACUUGAAAGAAAUGGAAUCAUACUACACUCCAACUCCUGCAAAUUCUUUAGAUAUAUCAGACACUGGCCUCUUGAGUAUAGGAUGGGGUCCUCAUGUAACUGUCUGGAAGGACAUACUCAAAACUCGUCAAAAAUCUCCAUAUAUGAAUCAUUUAAUUCCUGGCUCUCAAAUUCAAACAGUUAGAUAUGUUCCAUUCGAAGAUAUUCUUGGAGUGGGUCAUAAUGAUGGUAUAUCCUCCUUGAUCAUACCUGGCUCUGGUGAAGCCAACUUUGAUGCAUUGGAAGCUAAUCCAUAUGAAACAUCAGAACAGCGUAAAGAUAAAGAAGUAACUUCUUUGUUGAAUAAACUAUCUCCAGAUUUAAUUGCUUACGAUCCUUUCAGUCUUGGUCUUGUUGGUAAGAAGGCUAGAGAUACCAUAAAACUUAAAAAGGACUAUUUGGCUAAACUAACUGGCGAAACAGCUAAAAAAGAAGGCCAACCAGAAGCUAAGAAAGAGUCAAGAGGAAGAAUCUCAGCUGUGCGUCGUCACUUGCGUAAAAAGAAUAAUAAUGUUAUUGAUCAACGUAGAGUUCGUUUGGAAAGAAACUUGAAAAGAGAAAAAGAAUUGCGUCAAAAGAAAUUGGAAUCGAAGAAUGUUGAAGAAGAAACUGACCUAUUUGCUCCUGCAUUUUCAAGAUUUAAGUAA